AUGUCCGUCUGUGGUGAGGCUCGGGAUGCUGUUCAAUUUGCUGAAUUUAUUCAACAAAACAUGCAACUGCACGAGAUUAGAAGUGAUUACGAGUUGACACCUUAUGCAGCUGCAAACUUUACCAGGAAAAAGUUGGCUGAAGCUCUUCUUUGCUACUCGCUGCUGCCAGCAUCCGUGUACUCGUGGCUGUGUGCUGUCGAUAGAAGCCUUCGGGAGGACGACAGAAAGCCCAACAUGGAAGCUGGAGUUGGUGGUGGUGACGGUGGGUCAAAAAUGCGUGCUAGCUCUUCGACCUUGAGCAAACGGAGGCAGUGCGCGAGGCCGCAUUCGCAGCUCGGAAGUCCUUUUGAACUGCUUCGGCUGCGCCGCUCGCGGCUGCUCGCUUCUCCUCCGGCGAGAGCUCGUACACCUGGCUUGUCGAUGGACCGACUUUCCCGCGUUGGUCACCAAAUUUAUAAACAGGAAGGCCAAGCAAGCGUUCGAACGCAGCACCAUCACUACAACAAUGUCAAUGCUGGUGGCGACAAGAAGUUGCUUCGUAACACUGACGACUGCCACCAUGAAAGAAAGCCAACGCUCAAAGCCGCCGAAGUGACCGCUGUUCACGUGUGUGAGUGUGAUUCCGUGGUGAGGCGACUGCACUCAGUUUGGCUAAUUACUACUGAAACAGCCAAAUUUGAUUGGUCAAUGGUGGUGGCGACAAGAAGUUGCUUCGUAACACUGACGACUGCUACCAUGAAAAAUACCAACGCUCAAAGCCGCCGAAGUGACCGCUGUUCACGUGUGUGA